AUGGACGAAGGAGAGGAAGGAGCCCCUUUGGUGCUGGACAACGGGGGCUAUCGGGUGCGCCUCGGCUGGGGUGGAGCCGAAGCCCCGGUCUCCACCAUAGAGCCCGUGGUGGGCUACCCCUUUGCUAGCGGAGUCACGGUGGGAGUGAGAGACAAGGACCGCUACGUCGGAGAUGAAGCGCGAAGCAAGCGGGACUAUUUGGCCCUCCGCUUCCCAAUACGCAACAGGUCGGUGGAAGGCUGGAACUGGAUGGAGGAUUUAUGGCGUCAUCUGCUACCUGAUAUGGACCCAGAGGAGCACCCGAUCAUGGUUGCCGACUCUUGGAUUGCCCCCGACGUUGCGCGUGCGACCACGAUGGCCAUCCUGUUUGAAAACUACAGCGUCCUCCCUCCCUUCGCCAAGCCCUUCGCCCACCCACUCCCAAGUGUCUCACAGCGCACCUGCCGACAGCAAGUCCUGGCAGCCGUCAGGGCCGGCCGGCCGACGGCCUUGGUGGUGGACAUCGGCAAUGACGACACGCACAUCAUCCCGGUCGUCCAAGGCGAAGUCCAUGGCAAUGGGGCGGUGCAGCUGCCUGGCCUGGGCGGAGCGAACCUCACCAAGUACUUGGCGACACUGCUCAAGAAGAAAGCGCCGACAACGCUCGAUCUCGACAAUCACGACAGCCUGGCCGCAGACAUAAAGCACGCGCUAGGCUACUGUUCGACGAAUCUGGAACUCGAUCGUCGGCUGGCCGCCAUGCCCCAGGCCUCGCUGCCCUUCUACAAUUCAAUUCGCCUGAAUGGGACCUACCUAGACCUUCUGCCAGGAGAGCUCCUGGCCGCGUACCAAGCCCCCGAUGGCAGCAUUGUGGAAGUGGGCAGCGAGCGAUUCGAGUGCGCAGAGGCGCUCUUCCACCCACAGCCGCUGUGCGCUCUGGACAAGUACUGCUCGCCCAAGGGGAUCCACUACGCCGUUGCGGACACCAUCAACAGUCUCGACUCCACCGGACGAGAUAUUCAGUCCGAGCUCAGUCGCAACAUUCUGCUGAUCGGCGCAACCGCCCGGCUCAGCGGCCUCUCCACCAGGCUGCAGCAGGAGGUCGACAAGCUGAUCACCACAGCUGGCCUGACUGUUCAGGUGUCUGUGCCUCCCAAUCCGGAGCUUGCGCCGUGGAUCGGAGGGUCCAAGGUCUCCAGCGCUCCGGGCAUGAUCGACCACUGGGUCUACAAAGAGGACUACGACGAAUGCGGUGCGGAUGAUGAGCCCCACCCAACACCUCGUACACCACUCACUCACUCUCUGACCACCACCCACACCACCAACCACAACUGUAGGCCCGCGACUGCUCUUGGAGAGGCUGGAGACGGAUGCGGCAUGGUUCGCCGAUGUUGCUUCGCGUUCAUAGGCCGGGCCGAUUACUUUGAUGUGUGA